ACAUUCUCCCUUUGGUUCACAAUACACAUCUGUGUUGGUGGGCAGCAUCCCAGGCCAUACUUUCAUGUAUGUUUUUCUGCCUUCUGUGGCACUUUCCAGGUACCAUUCUGACUUACUGCAAACGGUAUAACUGAGGACUCUACAGAUUCCCAGAAGUUGGAUGAAAAAUGACCAUGCAUAAAGAAGCAGUGACAUUCAAGGAUGUGGCUGUGGUCUUCACAGAGGAGGAGCUGGGGCUGCUGGAUUCUGCCCAGAGGAAGCUAUACCGAAAUGUGAUGCUGGAGAAUUUUAGGAACCUGCUGGCAGUGGGGCAUGAACCAUUCCACCAAGAUGCUUUCCACUUCAUAAAAAAAGAAAAGUUUUGGACAAUGAAGACAGUAAUCCAUAGAGAAGAAAAUUCAGGAGGCAAAAUUCAAACUAUGGAGGAGACACUUCCAGAAACAGAAUUGCAUGAAGAGUUGUCCUGCCAGAAAAUGUUGGAACAAAUUGCAAGUGACUUAACCAGGUCUCAAGACGCUAUGUUUAGUAGCUCUCAGUUCUACAAAGAAGGUGAUAUGCCCUGCCAGGUUGAGACAGGACUAUCUGUUAGUCACAUAGGACAGAAACUUUACCUGGGUCAUGAGCCUAAACAGUCCUUCGAUGAUUUCUCAAUUUGUGAUCUUCAUCAACAAUUAUACUCACAAGAGAAGUCGUAUACGUGUAAUGAGUGUGGGAAAAGCUUCUGUUAUAACUCAGCUCUUCAUAUUCAUCAGAGAAUCCACAUGGGAGAAAAACUUUAUAAGUGUGAUGUAUGUGGUAAGGAAUUCAGUCAGAGCUCACAUCUGCAGACUCAUCAGAGGGUCCACACUGGAGAGAAACCAUUCAAAUGUGAGCAGUGUGGGAAAGGCUUCAGUCGUAGAUCAGGACUUUAUGUUCAUCGCAAAUUACACACAGGAGAAAAACCUUAUAAUUGUGAGGAAUGUGGGAAGGCCUUCAUUCAUGAUUCACAACUUCAGGAGCAUCAAAGAAUCCAUACUGGAGAGAAACCAUUCAAAUGUGAUAUAUGUGAUAAGAGUUUCCGUAGUAGAUCAAAUCUUAACAGGCAUUCUGUUGUUCACAUGCAAGAAAAACCAUUCCUGUGUCAUACAUGUGGUAAGAGCUUUGGUCAGAGAUCAGCACUUAAUAACCAUUGCCUGGUCCACACUGGAGAGAAACUGUACAGAUGUGAAGUGUGUGGAAAAGGCUUCAUUAGUAGGCAAGAUCUUUAUAGGCAUCAGAUGGACCACACAGGGCACAAACCUUAUCAUUGUAAAGAGUGUGGGAAGAGUUUCAGAUGGGCUUCUGGUCUUUCAAGACAUCAGCGUAUUCACAGUGGAGAAACACCUUUCAAAUGUGAAGAAUGUGGAAAAGGAUUUUAUACAAAUGCAGAGCGCUAUUCCCAUCAGAGAGUCCACAGUGGAGAAAAGCCAUACAAAUGUGAAGAGUGUGGGAAGAGUUACAAAAGGAGGUUGUAUCUAGACUUUCAUCAGAGGGUCCACAGAGGAGAGAAACUCUAUAAGUGUAAGGAAUGUGGGAAGACCUUUGGCUGGGCCUCAUGCCUUUUGAAUCAUCAGAGAAUCCACAGUGGAGAAAAACCAUUCAAAUGUGAACAGUGUGGGAAAAGAUUUACUCAGAAUUCACAACUUUAUACUCAUCGUAGGGUCCACAGUGGAGAAAAACCAUUCCAAUGUGAAGAAUGUGGAAAAAGAUUUACUCAGAAUUCACAGCUCUAUUCCCACCUUCAAGUCCACAGUGGAGUAAAGCCAUACAAGUGUGAGCAGUGUGGCAAGGGCUACAACCGAAAAUUUAAUCUUGACAUGCACCAGAGAGUCCACACAGGGGAGAGACCUUAUACUUGUAAAGAAUGUGGCAAGAGCUUUAGCCGGGCCUCAAGUAUUUUGAAUCAUAAGAGAAUCCAUAGUGGAGAAAAGCCGUUCAAAUGUGAAGAGUGUGGGAAGAGAUUUACUGAGCGUUCAAAACUUCAUUCCCAUCAGAGAGUUCACACUGGGGAAAAGCCCUACAAAUGUGAGAAGUGUGGAAAGUGCUUCAGGUGGGCCUCAACUCACCUAACCCAUCAAAGACUACACAGCACAGAAAAACCAUUCAAAUGUGAGGACUGUGGGAAGAGCUUUGUACACAGUUUAUACCUUAAAGACCAACAAGGAGACUACAGCGGAGAAAAACCAUACAAAUGUGAGGCUUGUGUGAAGGGCUACAAGAGGCGCUUGAAUCUUGAUAUGCUUUUAUCAUUAUUUUUAAAUGACACAUAAUUAUACAUAUUUAUGGAACACAUAAUUUGAUGCAUAUAUCCCUGUGUAAUGAUCAAAUCAGUGUAAUGAACAUAUUUAUUACCUCAUUAUUUCUUUGUGUUGGAAACCUUUAAAAUCUGCAGUUCUAGCUGUUGCAAAUAAACACUAAAUUGUUA